UUAAGGCCUACAUUUAAUUGAAUACAAUCCCAAUUUGAACUUUAGAUUGCGCACAAACGAGAAAACUUUGACAACGUGAAUGAUCAAAUUGAUUCUCAGGGCAUUCACUUAAUAUGUGUAGAGUAAAACUUCUUGUAUUGUGCAUUUUAUUACUAAAUGCCAUACUUGGAGCGCAUACUAAACGAGAACGUGCUUCCUGUUCAAAACGGAAGCCCCCAAAGAAUAAGACUCCGACUGACUUCAAAGUCUACAAAAAAACGUAUACAGUUGUAGCCGAUGGCUUUUUAGCGUCACGUGCCGAACCAUGGCCUAAAACAUGGCAGAACUUCUGGGACGACUUUGAAAGUUCGGCAGUCACAUAUGGUCGAGAAGUUAUCAGUUGGCUGAAUGAGAGGUAUGGUAUAGACGCGAGUGCCCUCACAGACAAACAACUCGGGAAUGGGGAAGAGGUCAAAGUGGGUCUCGGGAGCUUCACAUUUCGACCGAUGAUUUUUGACAAGAAUGUUCUAAAUUAUAGACUUUUAGCAGAAACCACUGGAAAUACUGCAAGAUUGUUCCGAAACACAAGUAUAGAGAUGGCCUCGUAUAUGUUUCAAGCAAAAGAAACCUACACAAGUACAGGAUCCGAAAAUGUAACGAUACCUAAGGGAGCCUUCGUAUUCAAGGGCGGGUACAUAUUUUACCCCGAUGCUGAAUGCGGUUCAAAUGACACCCCAGAGUUGAUCACGUUCGUCUCUAAGAUGUAUUAUUUAAUCGACAAUAAUGGUUUCGGACAGAUGGAUUGUGACCUCUUCUCUGAAAAAUAUGGAGCUGGAAAUCAGAUUGGAAUGGAUGUUUUCUCUAGCUUCCUUACACCUCCAGUGACAUACAGGCAUUCCUCUGUUAUAUUCUUCCCUAGCAACAAAGGUGGUCAAUGAGUUUCGUACUAGAGAGAUACGCGUGUUUUAGAAAGCGUGGACGUUUAACAUUCUGACCCUAGAACAUCGUUGUCCCGAUGUUCCUCUCUCAACUGGUUUAUACGGGGACCUAAUCGGGAAGGUUAAGUUACACGUUUUUAAGAA